GCUCUACUCUUGUUUUGAUACUCGCUUUCUCUUAUUCUCCAUGAUGCAAUUCACUGGAAACCCAUCACAUUCCUUGCACCAAAUCGCUCCAUUUUCGAUUCCAACCAUGAAUAAAAACCAGAUUCACCAAGCUCGUCCAUGGCCUGGAUUCCCUACCUCAAAGGGUUUAGCUAGCUUCGGUGAUGCCAAUUGCAUGGAACAGCUUUUGGUCCAUUGUGCAAACGCAAUAGAAAGCAAUGACGCCACACUUGCGCAGCAAAUCAUUUGGGUUCUAAACAACAUUGCACCACCAGAUGGUGAUUCUAACCAGCGUCUGACAUCUGCUUUUCUUCGAGCUCUCAUUGUCCGAGCAGCCAAAAGUGGAAGCUGCAAAAUGCUUGCAGCAAUGGCGAACGCUCAUCGCAACCUUUCUGUAGAAACCCACACUUUUUCUGUCAUCGAGUUGGCUAACUUUGUGGACUUAACCCCAUGGCAUCGGUUCGGUUUCACCACAGCGAAUGCGGCAAUACUAGAAGCCGUUGAAGGGUAUUCCGUCAUUCACAUCGUUGAUCUAAGCUCGACAUAUUGCAUGCAAAUCCCUACAUUAAUUGAUGCCAUAGCUAAUAGGUUCGAAGGACCGCCACUGGUGAAACUUACAGUUCCUGGUGUUCCGAAAGAUGUGCCCCCAUUGCUUGAUCUUACAUAUGAAGAGUUAGGCUCCAAGUUGGUUAACUUCGCUAGGUCACGCAAUGUAAUGCUGGAAUUUAGGGCCGUCCCUUCAACUCAUGCCGAUGGGUUCGCUUCUUUGAUCGAUCAACUUCGUAUUCAACAUUUAGUAUAUGCAGAAGCUGGUGAGGCUUUAGUGAUAAACUGUCACAUGAUGCUUCACUACAUACCAGAAGAAACUUCAUCUCCUUUACCCAAUACAAACUCAAACCCUUACACUUUCCAACCAACUUCGAACCCAUCACUUCGAACAAUGUUUCUCAAGGCGCUUAGGGGAUUAAACCCAACAAUUGCUAUCCUAGUAGAUGAAGAUGCGGAUUUGACAUCGAAUAAUUUGGUAUGCAGAUUAAGAUCUGCAUUCAAUUAUCUGUGGAUACCAUAUGAUACAGUGGAUACGUUCCUUCCAAUAGGAAGCAAACAAAGGCAGUGGUAUGAAGCUAAUAUUUGUUGGAAAGUAGAGAAUGUUAUAGCUCAUGAAGGUUUGCAGAGGGUGGAAAGGGUUGAAUCAAAGAGCCGAUGGGUGCAGCGGAUGCGAAACGCUGAGUUUAGAGGGGUUAGCUUUGGGGAUGAAACGGUUUCGGAAGUAAAAACAAUGCUUGAUGAACAUGCAGCUGGAUGGGGAUUAAAGAAAGAAGAUGAUGAUCUUGUUCUUACUUGGAAAGGCCAUAAUGUUGUAUUUGCCACUGCUUGGGUGCCUGGUUGAACAGGUUUUUUCUUUCUUUAGAAAUUUAUAAUAUAAUAAAUGAAUUUUCUCUUGUAUUAUUAAUCUCUGAUCAUCUAUAGAAAAGUUGAAUAAUGUUGUAUUCCCAAUAAAGUAUUAUUUU